AUGGUCAAGCUCAACCCACUCGCCGCCGUCCUGGCCGCGGCCUCGCUGUCGUCCCUCGCCUCGGCGCAGACCUACCAGCGCCUCGGGACGUGCCCGGACCUCGGCUGCGUCCUCCCGCCCGACCAGUCCGACUUCCUCCCCGGCCAGACCUUUGACCUCCGCGUCGAGGUCCACGCGCCCGUCAACGGCUCCGAGGCCUUCAACAACGGCGUCCCCGAUGAGGCCUUCAAGGCGACCAUUGCCAAGGAGGGCGGCGCCGCAAAGAGCUUGACCGAGUUCUUCGGUCUCGAGGAGCCCAAGCUCGAGAAGUGGUCGUUUGGGUGGUACGAGGACCUCUUUGCUGAGGACGCCAAGCAGAAGAGCGUCGUCAACGUGGCGUCCAAGAUUUGGCGCCGCCUUGCGCUGUACGAGCCGGGGAACUACGUCGUCACCCUCACGUACUACGACGGCAAGAAGACCACCGCCAACUGGGUCGUGCGACCUCUGGCGACGGAGAAGAAGGCCAAGAAUGUCAUCUUCUUCAUUGGCGACGGAAUGACCACCAACAUGGUCACUGCCGCCCGUCUUCUCGGCCAUAAGAGCAUCAAUGGAAAGUACCAGACUAGCUUGGCUCUCGACAAGUUCCCCGUCAUUGGUCACCAGAUGACCCAUUCCAUUGACAGCUACAUCACCGACUCUGCCAACUCUGCGUCGGCGCUGUACUCUGGCCACAAGAGCACCGUGAACGCCAUGGGUGUCUACGUCGACUCUUCCCCCGACGCCUUUGACGACCCCAAGGUCGAGACCAUUGUCGAGCUGAUCCACCGCAUCUGGGGCUCCGCCUGGGGCGCCGUCUCCACGGCCUUCAUCGCCGACGCGACCCCCAUCGCCCUGACGGCGCACACCCGCGCCCGGUCCCUGUACGGGCCCCUGAUCGACCAGGCCCUCAACGGCAUCACAAACUACACCUGGACGAAGAUGACCGGCCCGGACGUCUACCUCGGCGGCGGCGCCGAGCAGUUCUAUCCGGGCAAGGGCUCCUACCAGGGCAAGGACUACUACGCCGCCUUCGCCGACAAGGGCUACAGCGUCGCCCUCAACAAGACGUCGCUCGAAGCCGCCGACCCCAACGAGCGCAUCCUCGGCAUCUUUACCCAGGGCAACCUCCCCGUCUGGCUCGACCGCAAUGUUUUGACGGAGAACCUGGCCAAGCUGAGCAACGAUCCCACGGGCAACAAGAGCGCCGCCGCCGACGUUCCGGGGCUCAAGGAGAUGACGCUCAAGGCCGUCGAGACGCUGCACAACCGCGGCGGCGAGCGGGGUUUCUUCUUGAUGUCCGAGGCCGCGUCCAUUGAUAAGCAGAUGCACGCGCUCGACUACGACCGCGCACUGGGCGAUUUGCUCGAGCUGGACGACACCGUCAAGGCUACGCUGGAGAAACUCGAGGAGCUCGGCAUUCUCGAGGAGACCCUCGUAGUCGUGUCGUCCGACCACGGCCACGGCUUUGACGUCUUUGGCAACGCCGACACAAAGUACCUCGCCGAGCAAAAAGACGACCGCACAAAGCGCAAGGCCGUCGGCGUCUACGCGAACUCGGGCCUGUCGCAGUACACCGUCGAGCAGCCCGGCGUCUCGUACAACACGGGGCCCAACUUCCCGCUCAACUGGUCCCCGCGCUACGCCAUCGCCGCGGGCUUCGGCGCCAACCCGGACCGCCGCGAGGACUACAAGGUCCACGCCGACGGUGCGCGCACGCCCGCUGUUGCGGCGACGAACACCACGGACUACUACGCCAACCCCAAGGACGCCGUCGAUGGCUUCGUGGUGAAUGGUACGCUGCCUACGAAUGAGGCGCAGGGCGUGCACUCGUUGACUGACGUUGCUGUGUGGGCGAGGGGACCUUGCCAGGAGACGUUUGGCGGAACGUAUAGCAACAUUGAUGUUUUCUACAAGAUGGCGAACUGUCUUGGUCUCGCGCAGCCGAAGAAUGCGACGGCGCCUGGGGCUGGGUGUGCGAGGAAGGCCAGGGCUCUUCAUGCUUGA